ACCAUCAUCGGGGGCAAAGCGUAACUGAAUAUAAAGACUUAAAGCCUCCCAGACUAAAAAAUGUCCAGCCUUUCUCUUUGUUCCUGACUAUUCACUAUUGAACCUUAUACAUAACCUAGUAUAAGUCCCUAAUUUCUAGAAGCAUAUAAGUUCGGUACUAUAAUCACAACUAAUUCAAUAGCCUGAGCUACACCACCACCAUCCGUGUUACAGAAACUUGCCUCUCUACAUAACAAGGCCCCUACGCAAACUCGAUCGAAAUAUUUCCUAGUCAUCUUACAACAAUUUUCUUCAUAUACCAACAUAAUGCGUGUAUCUAACAUUCUCUCGCUUUCCGCCAUUGGCGCCUCUGGCGUCUUUGCCCAGUCAAACAACGUCACUGGCCAACUAGGUGAUGCCACCGUCACGACGAAUAACCCCGUCGGAAAGUCCGUCCUGGCUACUCUACCUAAGGACCCAUUCUGGAACACGGGAACCCUCGAUGGCAACGUUCAAGGUUACGUCUCUGCCAAAUCUGGAGCCGACGGCUCCGGUGUCGACUACGAAGUCUCCUUCUCUAACCUUCCCAAGGAAGGCGGCCCUUUCAUUUACCACAUCCACGUCGCUCCCGUCCCAACAGGCGGCAACUGCACCGAGACCCUCGCGCAUCUCGACCAGUUCAUCCGCGGCGAGGACCCAGCCUGCGACUCCAGUCGUCCUCAAUCAUGCCAACAAGGCGAUCUAAGCGGGAAAUACGGCAAGAUCAACAGCUCUGACCCGUUCACCGCCAAGUUUCACGACCCGUAUACAUCGCUUAGCGAGGGCGUCGGUUCCUACUUCGGCAACCGAAGUGUCGUCUUCCACUUUGCAAACAAGACCCGUAUUACGUGCGCCAACUUCUCCGUCGUUAGUGGCAAUGGAACUACGACCCCAUACCCCACGGGUACUGGUGUUAAGGCCUCCCAGUCCACUGCUGCUCCUACGUCUACCGGUAUCCCGAUUAACGCUGCCGGCGUUUUGAAUGUGGCGAGGGGUUUCGCUGUUGUUCCUGUUGUCGCGGCGUUCUUCGCUCUGCUAUAAGUGGACUGGUGUUGAAAAGUU